GCGUCUGCAGAGAAUGCCCGUUUUAAAAUACCAAACCCGUACUUACUUGAUGUACAGUAUUCGUUUAUUUUGCAUUUUACAAUGUUGUUUACUUAGUUUAUUUAAAUAUUAAAUUGUAAUAUAUCAGAACAAACGGAAUUUUAGUUUGAUUUGGAGGGAAUAUUCCCUGUUUUAUACACAAAUAGAAAUGCAGGGGUUGAAUGCUACACAGUAAUAUUUUAUUGAAAGAUAUUUUCUCCUCCCACACAUCGGCUUCAACACAUGAAGCUAACAUCAAAGAGAGCAGUCAGGGGGCUUUUCAUGGAGUGGACCGAAUAAAGUCGAUUAGGGGAUCGAGCGGGCAGGGGGAGAGUGUGCUGGCAUCACACUGGAGUGAUGGCUCCCAAAUAUCCCAAACACUGCUGCAUCCUCCUCACUCUCCUCCUUUUCCAUCAUCCAUCAUCGUCUUCCGGUCUUGAGCCACAGCGGUUUGGCAGUGCAGCUGCAGCCCCUUCCCCUGAUUCAGAAGAAGCGGCUGACCAAGUCGUAAAAGUACUGCAGUCUGCUGACACACCUCGGAGGAAGUUGCUUCAGAUGUCAGGAGCUGCAGUUUCUUUCCCUCCCCUCAAGGUGUUGUCCAAUGGGAAGCCGUGCAUCAUGUUCCAGGCCAGGAAGUUGUCUCUACGCUACGAAAGGCAGAAGCAGGUGGACCUGACUGAACGUGCGUUCUCUCCUCACAAGUCCAUGGACACCACACAGUCCGUGUGCCGCCAGGACAAAGCUAUGUUGGUCAUGAGGUUUGGAGAUGUGGACGAUUUGAGAGGCCUUUCCAUUAGGUUGCAACUGUCCAACACUUUCUACGAGGCUUCAGGCCAGUGGUGGUUCUCCGUGGACAGCAUUUCCCUGCUCUACAACGUCUCCGAAGAGGCCGUGUUCAAUGCCAGCGAGGUGUACGCUCCGUCCACAUCCUCUUACCACUGCACGCACGUCAGCAGCCUGGAACGCUACAGCGCCCUGCUGCAGCCUCACAGCGAGCACGCCCGCCGCUGGACCAUCACCUUCACGGACUUCCAGAUUCAGGCAUUCAAUGUGACUUCCGGAAGGUUCUCUCCAGUGAGUGACUGCACCACCUUUUUAACACCAGCCAUCCUGAUGGGCCUGGUCACCUCUCUCAUCCUGCUCCUGGUGCUCGCCUACGCCCUUCAUCUGCUCGUACACCUCAAACACAUCGAGCGCGACGAUGAGCGCAAAGCUCACAUUUAUUUCCCGCAAAUCCCGGAACAGUCGGAACACUGUUGUAUGGAAAACAUAGCAGAUAAAGAUAUUGCCUGAACAGAACUCUGGGGGUCCUUUGAGACCCACCAAUGCAUUUUUCACUGCUUACCACAAUAAAAGCGGCAGUGAAAUGCAAUUUAUUGGAGUUUUUCCAACCAAACUGACGAUGUCUCAUAUCGACCAGCAUGUUUUAUGGGUACAAAAGAAGUAAUGGGAGUACUACUACUUUUUAUAUAACAUUUUGAAGAUGGUUGUUGCAUUAAGAUGCUGAAACACCUCUGUGUGUGUGUGUGUUUAAGGUAAAAGAACAAUUGUGUUUUGCAGUUUUAUUUAUAAUGUGAUUCAAAAAGUGUACUGUAAAAAAAAUAAUAUGUAGAAAGAUAUUUUACCUUUUAAAUUGUUCAUUCAUUCAUUUUCUACCGCUUUUCCUCACGAGGGUCACGAGGGGAGGUGCUGGAGCCUAUCCCAGCUGUCUUCGGGCGAGAGGUGGGGUACACCCACAUAUAGACAAACAACCAUUCACACUCACAUUCAUACCUAUGGACAAUUUGGAGUCGCCAAUUAACCUAGCAUGUUUUUGGAAUGUGGGAGGAAACCGGAGUACCCGGAGAAAACCCACGCAUGCACGGGGGAGAACAUGCAAACUCCAUACAGAGAUGGCAGAGGGUGGAAUUGAACCCUGGUCUCCUAGCUGUGAGGUCUGCGCGCUAACCACUAGAUCCGUCGUGCCGCCCUUUUAAAUGGUUUUAUAAAAUUUAAUGUCUUGUUCCGCUCAUUAAAACAAUAGAAAAGAUAAUGGACUACAAAGUACAUAAUAAACGCAUU